GGUGAGAGCUAGUAUUUCCGCUACUUCUUUGCUCUCUGUAGGUUUUGGCGCUUUUUGGUUGUCCGGAUUUUUCUCCGUAGCUCUUCUUUUUCAUCCUCCCAUGGAACGUUCGCAAGCCUGAGGUUCCAUCUCGGAACUCUGGAGACCUUGAAGUUCUGAGCGCGGACAAAAAUGACUCACUCCCCCGGCGAGCGGCCCCCUCUCCGGCUCUAUCCGAAGUUACCCGUGUGGGUAGUGGAGGAUCACCAGGAGGUCUUGCCUUUUAUAUACCGAGCUAUUGGCUCAAAACAUCUUCCUGCCGGUAACAUAACCUUUGUUCAUUUUGAUUCACAUCCUGACCUCCUUAUUCCUGUGAAUAUGCCAGCAGAUACUGUGUUUGACAAGGAAGCUCUCUUCGGGGAAUUGAGUAUUGAGAACUGGAUUAUGCCUGUAGUUUAUGCAGGUCAUUUUUCUCAUGUAAUAUGGCUCCAUCCAUCAUGGGCUCAGCAAAUCAAGGAGGGCAAACAUUGUUUUUUAGUGGGCAAAGACACCUCCACUACAACUAUCAGGGUUACAAGUACAGAUCAUUACUUCUUAAGUGAUGGUCUUUAUGUCUCUGAAGAUCAGCUGGAGAACCCAAAGCCUUUAGAGUUGGACGUAAUUCUGGUAAAUCCUUCCCAACUGUUCAGCAGUCAAGAGGAAAGUGGAGCAGUGCCUUCUGCUAAGAGGCUGAAGUUAGCUGCAGAAGAGUCACAAAGCACUGCAUUGACGAACUCUUCUUCUUCAGAAGGACUGUGUCCAAAUCAAAAAGCAGAAGAAAAGGAAAAGGAUACAGGAUCACAGUUGGCUCCCCAAACUUGCAUGGCACCAGCAAUUUCAAGCUAUCCUGAAAUGCUGGACUGCCAAACUAGAGCCAGUGCUAGGGAUAUUCUCCAGAUUCUGAAGAAAGGAGAUGCCUUUGUUUUAGAUGUUGACUUAGAUUUUUUUUCAGUCAAGAAUCCCUUCAAAGAAAUGUUCUCUCAGAGCACAGUGCGUCAUGCCCUCUGGAACUACAAAAAGGAGAAAAUUUUCUAUCUACAGCUCUCCCCAUUUCUCUGCUGGAACGAGACGUAUGUUGUGUUCAAGUGGAGAAUCAUUCACCUGGAGCCAAUGGCCUCCGUGAUCAGCAGCUAUCAGAAAUUACUAAGUAGCAAUCAGAACUCCUUAGAAAGCUGUCAUAGUAGAGAAUGCUUGGACAUGUAUUGUAAGGCCUUUUCUGCUGCCCAUAUUCCCAAGUGGGAUUAUGUACCACAUAUGCUCUCCUAUGAAGAAUACAAGCUCUUACAAGAACUAUACAGUUUUAAAAAGCCAGAUACAGAGCUGACAGAGGAGGGCUUGGUAGAUUGUGUGGAAAGUCGGGUUCAUCAGCUGGAAGACUUAGAAGCUGCGUUUGCAGACUUGUGUGAUGGUGACGAUGAAGAAACGGUACAGAGAUGGGCUUCAAAUCCUGGAAUGGGGUCCUUAACUGCACUUGUUCAGAGUUUGAAAAACCGGACGGAAACACCAGACUAUGAGAUGGUGCAUCAGGCUGGUCUGACCUGUGAUUAUUCUGAACUUCCUCACCAUAUCAGCACAGAACAAGAAAUUGAGUGUCUUGUACAGUCUCUAAAAUAUUUACUUAAAAACUUGCCAAAGCCUACUCUUGUGACCAUUGCCCGGUCAAGUUUGGAUGACUACUGUCCUUCUGAGCAAGUUGAUACUAUUCAAGAAAAGGUCCUUAAUGUGCUUCAUACUUUGUAUGGAAGUCUAGACAUUCACUUGGAGUAUUCAGCCAGUUCACCUCCUGCUUGAAAGGAAAAAAGACUCCUAUUCCAUCUAAAAAAAUGUAUUAGCAAUGUCUCCUUAACUCUCCCAUGCAGCUUCUUAGAAUGAAUAUUUUGGUUGCUUAGAAAUUUUAAUUGGAGUUGUUUCUAAUGAUCUAAUCUUCAGUCUCCCUUCUAUCUAGGUUAUUGAAUAUCAAAUAUGCCAGUUUGUAGAAUUACUAUUUCACUAUAUCUUUUUGUCUAUCUUUUCUCUGUCCUCCACGUCCCCUCCCAACCCAAUCCUGUUUCUCAGACCUGUAAGCUAAAGUACAAUGGACCCUGCUUGCAGGAUUAAGUGGUAGAAGGGGCCUUACAAGUCAUGUAAUCCAACCCCCUCCUUUUAAAGAUGAGGUAACUAACUAGAGAGCUAGGUGGUCCAGUGGAUACAGUGCUGGGCCUGACAUCAGAAAGACUUUUUUUUUGUUUUGUUUUUUUCAAAUCCCAAAACAUUUAUUUAGGUACCACUCAGAAUAAAUAUACUUAUGCACACACAAAAAAUAAAUAGCUACAUAUGAGCUUAUAGUAAAAACAAGUAUACCUUCCCUGUGGCAUUAGAAAGAUACCCCUCAUUAAGGAUCAUGAGGUGGAUACUCUCAAUUUGGUCUCAUUGUCUCCCUGAGUUUUCCGCUAAAGCCAAGCAGGCAUAAAAUUGCACAGAUUGGAGAUCUUUGGCUGAGCAGCUCGACUAAGUUGCUGCAGAGAUUAGAGUUUGUAGUGUACUAGGAGGCUGUGACAGUUCUCAGUAGAUCCUUUGAAACAUUGCAGUUUUUCCAUUUGUUUAAACAGAUCAACCUGCCUUUUCAGAAUCCUAAAUCAGAUAAUGUGGGAUGGAGGAUGGGGAGUGAUGGAUAAAUGGAGAUGCCUGAAUGGAAUUCUCCCAUUGGCCAAAUUGAGUAUUUGAAUGUUAGAAGCACUACAUCAAUAAAAUGUAUAUGACAAACCCAGUUAGGGUUACCUACUCAGUACAGUGAUAAAGAGCUCUUCAAGUAACAGUCAUUGAGAUCUAUUAACUUAGACGCUAGGGCAGCAAGGUGCCACAGUGGAUAGAGCACCAGCCCUGAAGUCAGGAGGACCUGAGUUCAAAUGAGGCCUCAGACUAGCUGUGUGACCCUGGGCAAGUCACUUAACCCCAUUGCCUAGCAAAAAAAAAUAAAUAAAAACAAACAAAUAAGAGGUAAAGUCUUUGUCUAAAAUGUGGUAAUAAGCAAUUCUUUACUCACUGGAAAAAGUAGCUUUUUGGGGGACUUUUCUACAAUUUUUAAAAAAUAUAUUUUCCAAGAAAUCUUCAGCAGUGAAUCUUUCACAUUUUGUCUACCCUGAUAGUGUUCUUCAAGGCACGUUUCAAGAGAUGGGUAGCAACCACUUCUAGGAGAUGCUGUAAGUUAUUGCUCACUUUUUGUCUAUUUUCAGUUGUCAUUUGUAACACCAGCUGGUAUUGCUGUUGAAUGUUAUCCCAUGCCUUCACUGAGGCCCUCAUUAACUCUACUUUCAACUAAAUGUUUAUGUUUUUCUGGGGACUUUACUUCAGUGGCACAUUUUCUGUCUUUCUCUUCAGCUUCCUUAAUUUUCUUGUUGUUUAAGAUCCUUUAUUUUUGGAUUUCAUCAUUUAACAUUUUUAUACCACUUUUCACUUCUGUUACCAUACAUCCGUUACCCUACCAUGCAUUCUGUUAUCCUUGUUCUAGGGUCUCUUCUGAACCAAUUUUUUUGUGCUUAUUUAUUUUUUGUUUUGGUUCACAACCUCCCUAAGUGGUAAAUAGACUUGAAUCCUUAUUUGACAGGAUAAUUUGCACCAGCCUCAGGAUUAAACUUAAUUUCAACUUUU